CGAUUCCGAUUUUGUACACAGUAAGACACGGGAGGAAAGCAUUGUUGAGAGCAAAACAUGGCGGCUUCGAGGAUAGCAGUGGCUUCCGUAUCGUUAACCCAUUUCCGGCCACUAUCAUCCGCCUCCAUGGCCUCUGUUUCUCCUUCUUUGUCAUCCAGGCUGGUUCCACAUCCACCGGACCUUAUCAAGUGGGUCCGCAGAGAAGGCGGAUUCGUCCACCAGUCUCUCAAGAUUGCUCAAGAUGGCGAUACUGGCCUUGGACUUCUUGCUUCUGACCACAUCCCGAAAGGUUCCGAACUCAUUGUUCUUCCUCACAAUCUUCCACUACGGUUUGAUUCGCCGGAAACUGGCGAUACUGAGGAGGCUGACUCCGUUCUUGUCAAUUUGGCUCGCCAAGUUCCUGAGGAACUUUGGUCCAUGAAAUUGGGUUUGAAGCUUCUGAAAGAAAGGGCAAAAGUUGGAUCCUUCUGGUGGCCGUAUAUUGGCAAUCUCCCUGAAGUUUUCAGUGUUCCCAUAUUUUUUCCUGGAGAUGACAUAAAGAACUUGCAGUAUGCUCCUCUUCUUCACCAGGUAAACAAAAGGUGUCGCUUCCUCCUUGAUUUUGAUAAAGAAGUUAAACGUACUCUUGAUAGCGUAAAGCCUGAAGAUCACCCUUUUGGUGGCCAAACUGUUGAUGCAUCAUCUCUUGGAUGGGCAAUGGCAGCAGUCUCGUCAAGGGCAUUUCGUUUAUAUGGUAAAAAUCUUACGGUUGGUACUACUAACAGUGUCCCCAUGAUGCUCCCUCUCAUUGAUAUGUGCAACCAUAGCUUUCAUUCAAAUGCACGUAUAGUCCAGGAACAAGAUGCAGGAUCCAUGAAGUUGAAAGUGAAGGUUGUAGCAGAGACUGAAAUUGAAGGAAACGUUCCUCUAACACUAAAUUAUGGCUGUCUGGACAAUGACCUCUUCCUGCUUGAUUAUGGAUUUGUGAUAGCAUCAAAUCAAUACGAUCAUAUUGAGCUCAAAUACGAUGAAGCUCUCUUAGAGGCUGCUAGCACUGUUGCUGGGAUUUCUUCAGAAAAUUUUUCUUCCCCUGCUCCAUGGCAAAAACUUGUCUUAACCAAGUUAAAUCUACAUGGCGAAGCUGCUCUUCUUAAGGUGUGCAUCGGUGGUCCAGAAAUAAUUGAUGGCCGCUUAUUGGCUGCUUUAAGAGUGCUUCUCUCGGUUGAUGAAGAAAUGGUACAGAAACAUGACUUGGACGUGCUCAAAUCUUUGUCAGCUGAAGCACCUCUUGGUGUUGCAAACGAAAUAGCAACAUUACGUACGAUAAUCGCUUUAUGUGUGAUUGCAUUGGGGCACUUCCCAACCAAGAUAAUGGAGGACGAAGCACUUUUGAAGAAGUGCGAAAGAGAAUCGUCGAAAUUGGCAAUUCAGUUCAGAAUUCAAAAGAAAUCAGUUAUCAUAGAUGUGAUGAGCAACCUAACAAGAAGAGUGAAGCUGCUUCAAUCUAAGGCGGUCUCUCAGGGUUGAAAAUGAUGGCAAAGCUGAGACGAAAGAAAAACUUCAAUGGUAAAGAAUUUAAACGAAUCGGUUGGAGUUGAAGCCAUAAAAAAACUUGGAAUGUUCUGUCAUCUCAGAAUUUCUACUCCUGUUGCACAUUUUUUUCUUUUUUUUUGCAGAGACCCAUUUUAAAAAAGAUGAUGCCAGUGGCAGCAUGUCAUAGCUACCACCUCAGAUUCCUAAAGGUGUGUUUAUUAAGACUUGCAUGCUUUUACAUAAAAGAAUAUCUGUGUUUAUGGUUACUCUUGCUACAUGCCACAAGGAAUAAGUUAGCUCAUCAAAUUCCUGAAGGCGUGGAAUUUGCACUUUGAUUGAAACCUGCAUGCUUUGGCAUAACAAAAUUCAACCAUUACUGUGUGUGUGUGUGUGUGUGCGCCUCUCUCUCUCUCUCUCUAGACAAGACACAUGACAUAAAGCUCGAGGAAUAACUUAGAAACUUAUUAGCAAAGCCAAUUAGAUGCUCAUGGAGUCUUUCUGGAGAACACUUUAUAGUAUUCAAAGAGCAUCAAUUGAUUAAAAGAUUCCUGAGAAACAUA